AUGGCAGAACAAACAGAUCCAGGACUUCCAACUCAAGCCAUCUGGGAUAUCCCGUUUGAAAACCUGGAGUUCAAAGAGAGAAUUGGAAAAGGUAGUUUUGGUUCAGUGUUUCGUGGACUUUACUUGGGUUUAGAGGUUGCCAUUAAAAAGAUUGAGAAAGCAGAUGAUCCUGAGUAUUUGAAAUAUAUCGAUAGAGAAGUAUCUAUGUUACAGAGUUUAAGACAUCCAUUCAUUGUACAGUUCUCAGGUAUUUGUGUACAUUCUACAGGUUUAUAUAUUAUUACAGAGUUUGUAUCGGGUGGAGAUGUCCGUCAACUACUCAAACAGAGUCCACCAAUCACAUGGGACAAAAGACUUUCGAUUGCCACCGAUUUGGCCAAAGUCUUGGUAUUUCUUCAUGCUAAAAAGAUCAUUCAUAGAGAUUUGAAAUCGAAGAAUAUUCUUUUGGAUGAAUAUCAAAGAAUUAGAUUAUGUGAUUUCGGAUUUGCAAGAAUGAAUGAACAAACCAAGAAGGCACGUCAUAUGACGAUGUGUGGUACCGAAGGUUGGGUUGCACCAGAGAUUUUGUUGGGUAUGAGCUACGAUACAUCUUGCGAUGUCUUUUCAUACGGUGUAGUUUUAGCAGAGUUAAUUACUGGUCGUAAACCAGGUGUAGAUUUAUGGUUACGUACUCCAGAGACUUGUUUUGAUAUUGCACCGGAUGAAUUGAAACUAAAAGCAAUACCAGGAUGUCCAUCAAAGUUAAUUGAUAUCUGUCAAGAAUGUUGUACCUAUGAACCAUUGUCAAGACCAAAGUUUGAAGAUAUUUUGUCAGCUUUGAAAACAAUUGUAAUUCCACCGACUCAAGAGUUAAAAUCACCAGAUGUAACACCAUCAAUUCCACCAACAGUUACAACUCCACCACAACAACAACAACAAACAAAUGUAUCAAAUAAUAAUAACAAUAAUAAUAAUAAUACAACUACAACAAAUAAUAAUAAUAAUAAUAAUAAUCCAACACUUUCACCAACAAUUGCACAAUCACGUCGUAAUAUAUCACAACAUCGUAAAUCACAAGAAAUAGCUCAACCAAUCAAUGGAAAUAUAGGAGAGACAACACAAAAGGAAGUCAAGUUUAAACCAACGGAUUCGGUGAUUGGCGGUGGUUCCAACUGGCGUGUCGGUGCUCUGAAACCACCUGGAUACUACACACUGAAACGUAAGAAUACUGCAGGUGCUCAGACUGCUCUGAUCAAUCACUUGAUAAAGAUGGUGGAGCGUGCCACCUCUGACUACUGCUACGACACCUCCUACAUCCAAGAUCUUCUUUUGACAUACCGCUGUUUCGCUACACCAAUGCAAUUGCUCGAGUUGUUGACUCAGCGUUACCUCUCUGCGUCGCCAGAGAAUCAUAGCGCCGACAUGGCCAACUGGAAGAAGGUGCAUCGUGUCAUCCAACUGCGUGUAAUUAUCUUCUUUAAGCGUUGGAUCGAUUACUAUCCCACCGACUUCCAAGAGGGCGACGCAAUGGAAGAGAAGCUCGCCGACUUUGACCGAAUCGUCGUGCAAAACUCGCUGGCAUCGCUCUCACUCAUGACCACCACCAUUGGCGCACCGUCCGACUCUGAACCGAAACUGGUUGCCGAACUCACAAAGAAGCGAAACGAACUGUCACAAGCCACACCGCUACCGGCCAACGCCCAGUUCCCCACCAGCAUCAUUCCACCACCACCCGCCACCGGCAGCGAAUAUCUCGACAUUGCCGACAUCAACGCAGUUGAACUGGCACGACAAUUCACAAUCAUCAGUGGACACAACUUUUAUCAGAUUCAACCACGUGAAUACCUCGAGAUCUGUUGGGAGCGACUCUCACAGGCACCUUCUCCUUGGGUUGGCAGUGUGCUCCCCAAUCGUCCCGGUGCCAACAUCCACAACUUCCUCGACCACUACGACGACCUCGUCCGCUUUGUAUCAACGGAGAUCGUAAAGCACAACCAGGUUGCGCGUCGUGCCGCCACCAUUGAACGCUUCAUUGAAGCCGCCGACAAGUGUCUAUCGCAAAGCGAUUUCUCGAGUGUCUUUUGUAUAAUGCAAGGACUGGCGAAUCCCUCGGUGGAGCGUCUCACCGACACCUUCAAGCAGCUCAACUCGAAAACCAAUGCCGUCUACGAGCAACUCAAGACAUUCGUAUCAAAGGAGAAUGACUACAAAAAGUACAGAGAGAUCCUACAGGAUGCACAGGCACCCACCAUUCCACAUGUCCGUUUGCUACUCGAUGAGUUGUUCUUCAUCGAGACAUCCAGUCCAAAGCUGCUCCAAGGUGGAAUCGUCAACUUUUUCCACUACCGACAACUCAGUCGAAAGAUUCUUUUCACUCAACAGCUCAUUGCAAGUGGACUACACCAGUUCCGUGCGGUUCCAUCGAUCCAGAAAGUCCUCUCCAAACCACAACAGGAAUUGUUUGACGAUGAAGUAAUCAGACACUACUCAUUGAUUUGUGAACCACCUGUAUCUUUAUAA